AAACAGUUCGAGAAAGCGGGUCCGUUCCAGAAAGCAGGUUAAAAAAAACUCAAACUUAAACUUGAAGUCGGACUUCAGCGAACCAGAAGCUGCAUAUUCGGAUUUAUCGGUUAUACAACAGUGGAUUUCAAUCAAAGUAAUCAAGAUCGAUCAAACUCGGAUAGAUUAAGCCCAAGCGGGUUCAAAAUGCUUUUCGCAAGCCCAUAGAAAGUCAAUGGGUGACGUCACAGUCACUUUGUCCAUUUUUUUCCUAUAGUCCAUGGCGCGUUCACGGUGAAUUUAAAAAGCCAUCUCCAAUCAGACGCAGAAAAGACGAUUCAACAUGGAUUAUGAGAGCGAGAAACAACGCGCUGCAUUUUUCACAGCAAUUGAGCAAGAGACAAUCAUUGCUGCACACAGCGACUACGUUCAUAUAUUCCAUAAAAAAAGCAACACCACAGCGGCAGCAAAGGAACGGGAGCUGGCGUGGAAGAAAAUUGCAGACAGAGUUAAUGCGUGUAACCCUGGGGGCAGCAAAAGAACGUGGCAGCAAGUUAAAAUUAAAUACAAAAACAUAAUUCAAACAGCCAAUCGGAAGAAAGCUGAAGCCCGUAAAACGGGAGGACUCCCACCACCUCUGUACCCUCCCGCCGAAGAGCUGGCAUCGUCACAGAAUAGCGGAAGACCGAUCCUAGAUGGCAUCCCGGGGGGUAGCUCGUCUGAGCCAACUACCCCGCAGGACACAAGUGCAUUUAUAAAGGAUGAAGACGAGGAGGUUCUCGCAGGCGUAUAUACAGAAGAGCCUCCAGAGCAAAGCAUGGUGGUGGCUGAAAGUUCUCCUCCCGUUGUGGAGCCCACGACCUCCAAACAUCACAGCACAAAGCCCGUGGAGGAAUUGUACAAAGUCCAUUUGGAAAAAAAAAUAGAGAAGUCCGACCUGGAGAUCUCUCACCUGAAGUUACAGAUUAGGAAGACUGAGCUUGAGACAGCACUGUUGGAGCACCAGUUAAAGGAAAUACAGAGGAAAUAAAGUGGGGGGAAACACCAUUUUGUAUAUAUAGAUUUUAGUUUUUUAGUUUUUUUCAUUUUUUAUUUUUUAAACGGAUUCUGCUGGAGACGGAGGGUAUUGAGGCGACGUUGUGGAGCUGUCAAAGUGAUUAUUAGCACCAGAUUUUAAACCCCAUCGAACAUGCUUUUCACUUGCUCAAAAGAAAACAAGAAGCUGAAGACCCCCGCAAACGCACAGCAACUGAAACAGGCAGCGGUGAAAGCUUGGCGGAGCAUCUCGAAGGAACACAUCAUGAACACACUGAACAACUGCAGGCUGCAGUCAUGAAGGCGUACGCAACCAAAUAUUGAUCUUGCAAAUCAUUCAUUUCGUCAAAGCUUACUUUGUCCCAAUACAUAUGCUGACUUGAAAUAGGGGGACUUGACUCAUUGAGUGGCAUUGUUGUAACAUACGGGUGCAUCUCAAAACAUUUGAAUAUCGUGGAAAAGUUCAUUUGUUUCCGUAAUUUUAUUCAAAAAGUAAAACUUUCAUAUAUUCUAGAUUCAUCACACAUGAAGUUAAAUAUUUCAAGGCUUUUUUUGUUUUAAUCUUGAUGAU